AGGUACUCCUUCCCGGAGCGAGGAUAGUCGUCCUCACUUCCGGGUGCUUGCGGAUGGGCAGGCGGGGGGCCGAGGUCGACCGCCAGAACGCAGAUUCCUCUGACCCCAGGUCUUCCACCUCCAGCGGCCAUCUGGCGACCGUUGGAAAGGAGCGGGCGGCCUCAAAACAACUGCCGCGUACUCUCCACUUGCAGGCCGUAAACCCCACCCCUGAAGGCCCGGCAGCGUCUCCGCGGCGAGGAGCCGCGAAGUGCGGCUGCGCAAGGGUGACGGAGCGCGGGCGACGGGGAGGGGGUGUUUUGGUUCUAGCCGCUCGCCGUCCUUUCAGACUCGUUCGUCUGAAAGCUUCUCGUUCCUUCCUCCCCUGUCCCUUCCCUUUCCCUUUCCCGGCCCCAGUCCUCCCUCCCUCCUUUCCCUUUGCCUGCCUUCCCGGGUCCGGGCCAUUUUCCGGGCCAGGCGCACAAAAGUGCGCGGCCCCGGGGCCCAGUAUAUGACCCGCUCUCUUGCUAACCCUCGCUACCCCCGCCCCAUGUGGCUGCGGGGCCGCUGCGGCGCUGCCCACUAUGGCCCGGAAAGCAGUUAGCAGGAAGCGGAAAGCGCCCGCCUCGCCAGGAGCUGGGAGCGACGCUCAGUGCCCGCAGUUUGGCUGGGAUCACUCACUUCACAAAAGGAAAAGACUCCCCCCAGUGAAGAGAUCCUUAGUGUACUACCUGAAGAAUCGAGAAGUCAGGCUUCAGAAUGAAACCAGCUAUACUCGAGUGUUGCAUGGCUAUGCAGCACAGCAACUUCCCAGUCUCCUGAAGGAGAGAGAGUUUCACCUUGGGACCCUUAAUAAAGUGUUUGCAUCUCAGUGGCUGAAUCAUAGGCAAGUGGUGUGUGGCACAAAAUGCAAUACGCUCUUUGUGGUGGACGUGCAGACAAGCCAGAUCACCAAGAUUCCCAUUCUGAAGGACCGGGAGCCUGGAGGUGUGACCCAGCAGGGCUGUGGCAUCCAUGCCAUCGAGCUGAAUCCCUCUAGAACUCUGUUAGCCACUGGAGGAGACAACCCCAACAGUCUUGCCAUCUACCGGCUACCUACACUAGAUCCUGUGUGUGUGGGUGAUGAUGGACACAAGGACUGGAUCUUUUCCAUUGCAUGGAUCAGUGAUACUAUGGCGGUGUCUGGCUCACGUGAUGGCUCUAUGGGACUCUGGGAGGUGACAGACGAUGUGUUGACCAAAAGUGAUGCAAGGCACAAUGUGUCGCGGGUCCCUGUGUAUGCUCACAUUACUCACAAGGCCUUAAAGGACAUUCCCAAGGAGGACACAAACCCUGACAACUGCAAGGUCCGGGCUCUGGCCUUCAACAACAAGAACAAGGAACUGGGAGCAGUAUCUCUGGAUGGUUAUUUUCAUCUCUGGAAGGCUGAAAAUACACUGGCUAAGCUCCUCUCCACCAAACUACCGUAUUGCCGUGAGAAUGUGUGCCUGGCCUAUGGUAGUGAAUGGUCAGUAUAUGCAGUGGGCUCCCAAGCUCAUGUCUCCUUCUUGGAUCCACGGCAGCCAUCAUACAACGUCAAGUCUGUUUGCUCCAGGGAGCGAGGCAGUGGGAUCCGGUCAGUGAGCUUUUAUGAGCACAUCAUCACUGUGGGCACAGGGCAGGGUUCCCUGCUGUUCUAUGACAUCCGAGCUCAGAGAUUCCUGGAAGAGAGGCUCUCAGCUUGUUACGGGUCCAAGCCCAGACUAGCAGGGGAGAAUCUUAAAUUAACUACUGGCAGAGGCUGGCUGAAUCAUGAUGAAACCUGGAGGAAUUACUUUUCGGACAUUGAUUUCUUCCCCAAUGCUGUUUACACCCACUGCUAUGACUCGUCCGGAACGAAACUCUUUGUGGCAGGAGGACCGCUCCCUUCAGGGCUCCAUGGAAACUAUGCCGGGCUCUGGAGUUAAUGACAACUAACUCACUCCCAAAAUGCAGAGAUUUACACUAACUUCCAUCCUUCGUUUUCUUGUUUCUUUUGAUUUCUUCCAACUGUGUGAGGCCCUCAUUUUAGUGGGAACACGAGAGUUUGCCUAUGGCUUAGGCACUUGACAGGAAGCCCUGUACAGAAAUCUGAAGUGUUUUGUUGUUGGUUUUUUUCUUUUGCUUUUGGUAAUCCGAAUUUUCCUGUCUUUUUUCUUUCUGGCUUCUCAACCAAACAUUGUUAAUUCUUAUUUUUUCUUUAAGUGACACACACUCUCCCCUUUCGCUUCUUUAGGCUGGCAUACUCAUUCUCACCCUUACUUCAUUCUUGAGAGGUAGGGCUCCUUUAUAAUUAUGUGGUUGCUGUCAGACUUUCUGUGAAAGUUUGGGGGCUGUGUGUGUGUGUGUGUGUGUGUGUGUGUGUGUGAGAGAGAGAGAGAGAGAGAGAGAACUUGGGUGCCUGCAAACACCGUGUGUUGCUGAAAUUACCUGGAGUAAGAAUUACUUGUAAUUAAAAUAUUUAUAUAAAAAAAACAACUUUAUUCACAGAGUCAGCUUUGGGACUAGUCUUUAUCUUGUUUUUUAAAAGUCUAACAGCACUGAUUAUAGGAAGUAAAAACAGAAAGAAAAACAAUCACCACCAGGAAAACCCUUUGAAUCAGAUUGCAGGCUUCCUAGUGACGCUCAUCCCAGGACUCCGGAAUGAUCCGUCCCCUACCCAACUUCCCAACUUUGUGUUCCCCAGGUGAGAAUACUUCUGUGUGUCAUUUCCACUUUAAUUUCCCAUCUGCUUAGCCAGUGGCCACUCCCUUAAAAUAUCAGGGUCUCCAUCCGGAUGCAGUUCUGGAGGCUGCAGAAGGCUUGGUAGAGCUUGGUAUACCGAGAAUCCCCAUCCCAGCCUUCCUUUUCCUUCUUCAAACAAGACCUGGUCUGGUAUCUCAGGGGCCCGGAGCAGGGGGGCCUUAAGUCUGCUAAGAUCCACAUACUCAGUCCCCUUGGCUUUGGGGAGAAACUUCUCCUCUGCCUUCCUUCUCAUCUCCCCAGUGGGUUUUGCUUUGCUUUUCUAAAUUGGCUUCAGUCCGGGGGGGGGGGGGGGGAUAAGCAGGGGGUUUAUCUGUGUGUCGCGAGUGCUUCGUGUGUGGACUGUUCGUUUCCUUCCUAGUGGGGCUGGAGUUGAAGCCGCCUCCCGUUUUGUUGGCUCAGCCCUGGGAUGGUGAUGGGCGGCCUAUAGCCAGCAGCACUGCGCAUGUAAAGGCAUUGAUGUGACUAGUAAUUUGUUCCUCCCUCGAACUGUGUUUAGUCUGAGGUUUUGAAACUUGCAGGCAACUGAUUGACCAUGACGUCCAGUUAUUCCUUGCUUUUUACGCAUCAUGUUGCAGAUAGCAGCUGCUCCCACCCCCAGAUUCCUCCUCCAUUCUAAGCAGAUACUCUGCUUCUGUCAACAGCCCAUCCCGGGGAAAGGAAAAGUCAUAUUAUUCUUGCACUCUAGUUUCUAAAUUGCUCGCCCAGUUAUCCCCCUCUGCUCUGGGUCUAAGUGGGGAGAUUGAAAAAAAGAGUGCCUUCUCCUUGAUAAUGGGGGCUGGUGGGGAAGGGAGACAGCAACCCACCCUAUCUUGGUGAUACACCAGGUGCACACCACAGGUUCUAGAAUUCUCAUCUUCUAACCUAGAGAAAUAGGUGCUAUAAACAGGGAAUUAAGUAAAAUGCUGGAUACUAUAGAUCUUUUAAUUGUCUUAAUUUUUUUUCUAUUAUUAAACUACAAGCUGUAGAUUUCUUAGUUCUCACAGAACUUCUAUCAUUUUAAACCAACUUGUAUAUUAAAAAAAAAAAGAUCUUAAGUAGGAUGUUUUGUACUGUUGCCAGACCCUCUUCUGUGAUGGGUAAUAUGUUUGAUUGUUUGAGAUUUUGUUUUUAAAAAUGUAGCACUUGACUUUUUGCCAAGUAAAAAAAAUAAAUAAAUAUUAUUCCA